UUUACUUUCCAAAAGCAAUUAGGAAGGGAGGAAUAAGUGACGACUGGGGAGGAAGAAGAAGACGACGGAGAAGGGGAGAGAGAAAGGGAAAGGUGGGGGCACAUUGGUUCUCUUUAUCACUUCAAGAGCUCCAAAUAGCAGAUCAGUGAAGAAGAUGACUUCCAGGGAUAACGUCAAUGGCCAGAGCACAUCAAAUCGUCCUCACUACUAUCCACCGGACCACCGUUCCUCCUCCGCCUCACUCAAAGGCUGCUGCUGUUGCCUCUUCCUUCUAUUCUCUUUCCUCGCUCUCCUAGUUCUCGCUAUUGUCCUCGUCAUCUUCCUCGCCGUUCGCCCUAAGAAACCGCAAUUCGAUCUCGAACAAGUUGGUGUUCAGUACGUCGGAAUCAAUCCUAAUCCGCCUUCAUCUUCCACCGCUACCUCCGCCUCAGUCUCUCUUAACAUCAGGAUGCUUUUCACAACCGUCAACGAUAAUAAGAUUGGGAUUAAGUAUGACGAAUCUAGAUUUACGGUGAUGUAUAAAGGGAUUCCUCUUGGCAGGGGGAUCGUUCCGGGGUUUUAUCAACCGGCGCAUAGCGUUCGUCAGGUGGAAACGACUAUUGCCGUCGAUCGAGUCAAUUUGUUGCAGGCCGAUGCUACGGAUUUGAUCAGAGAUGCGACGGUUAAUGACCGGGUUGAACUCAGGGUUUUGGGAGAGGUCGGUGCGAAGAUCCGGAUUCUUGGCUUGACUUCUCCAGGCGUUGAGGUAUCUGUAGAUUGCCAAAUAGUGAUAAGUCCAAGAAAACAGUCUCUCACCGACAAACAAUGUGGAUUCGAUGGCUUGAGCGUAUAGACACAAGAAGAACAGGUUCUUCUUCUUCUUAUUCUUCGUCCUGCAUUGGAUCUCAUUCUCAUGAAUUCUUCCCCAUUAGUAUUAUUUUGAUCAUAUGUAUGUAUGUAGUAUUGUAACACUAUAUAUCCCCUGUCCCGGCCUCUAUCUAAGAAACUAGCAGAGAUCGACAUGAUGAUGAUGUUGUUGUUGUUGGGGUUGAGUAAUUGUUAGCUAGGAAUGAAUGAUGAUGAUGAAUUGAUGAUCUCCCACUCCCAUUUUGUGAGAGGGAGGAAGAGGAGGAUUAGAGAGGUCUCUGAAUUUCCUACUACUUUUCUAAAGAGAAAAGUGAAAUUAAAGAAAAAGAGAGACCUCUCAAUUUCAUAUAAUAGCUAAUUUCUUCAUAAUUUGUAAGCACCUUUUUGUCUUCUUCACCAACAUGUAUUAUCUAUGUAUGUAAAGGGUUGUGUUUCCAUU